AGAGAGAAUGAUAUUGAGUAAAAGCUGAAAUGGCUUCUGUGGUCCUCACACUCACUAACUGUCCUUUUCAUCCCCUCUAUAUCUGAAUCUUGCUCUUCUCCUGUUCUCUUGCCACACCAAUCUCUUCUUUUCUUUUCUCCGAGGAAGAUGGAAUCGCCCGGAUUAGGCGAAGACAGAAGGAGCUUGAAGGACCGCAGGACGGAGGACGAAGACUUGGAAGAGGAGGAGGAGGAGGAAGACGAAGACGAGAGCAGCGAAGCCGAUACGAAGAGAUCGAGGGCGGCCACGGCUAGGUCUAGCAAGAAAGGCGGGUCAUGCAGCGGAUGGGCGCCACCGCCGUCGUGCCAGGCGGAGAAUUGCUCCACCGACAUGGCCGACGCCAAGCGGUACCACCGCCGGCACAAGGUCUGCGAGUUCCACGCCAAGGAGCCGGUUGUCGUGGUCGCGGGUCUCCAGCAGCGGUUUUGCCAACAAUGUAGCAGGUUCCACAAGCUGUCGGAGUUCGACGAAACCAAAAGGAGCUGCCGGAAGAGACUGGCUGGGCACAACGAGCGGCGGCGCAAAAGCUCCUAUGAUUAUCAAGGAGAAGGCUCAAACUGAAAAAUAAGAAGCAAGACUUUCACGAAGCCAGAGUCAAACGAAAGGGGGAGAAUCUCUUCCCCUCCUCGUCAAAUGCUCUCUUUUACAACCGAAUUGGGGAUCGAAUUAAGACCCGAAUUCCAGUUAUGUGAUCUUCUAAGCAUGCUCUCUCUCUUCUGUCAAUCCUCAACUCUUUGAAUGUCGUGACGUUUAAGCAAUGUUUUUGAACUUGAUGUUGCAUUCAUGCAUUUGUUUCAAAGAGUAUGCUUAAAGUAUCAUUUCGGCCAUC